GAUACUCGCCUCCCAUAAAACACAAGGCCUCUAACUAAUCGGGCUUCUCUCUAGAAAAUCUUAACCGCCAGCGCAGCGGGCAAGGAUAUUGAUUUCAAAGUGCCCUCAAUCUUCUCUUUCCUUUUCUCUUAGUAACCGUCAAAACCAAAGCCGCUCUCUUGCCGGCGAGGUCCCAUACAAAAGUGCAAGCACUGUCUUUUUCCCUUCCAAACAGGUCUCAACUUGGAAUGCCGUAUAAUAACAGUAUAUGAAAAGAAUCUCAUUGCUGAGUUUGUGCAUCGAUGGCUUGGAGGAACAUGAUGUCAUAUUUUUCUCUCCCGGAUUUCCGUGGUAUCUUCCAGGGCAGAGUGAGGCAGGCGGGGAUGGGUACGCACACUAUCAAAUCUCAUGGAGCCAAACUUGCGAGGGAUCACAUGCACGAUUGGCUUAUUUUACUGCUACUUGUGGUGAUUGAGGUCAUUCUCUACUUAAUCCAUCCAUUUUACCGGUUCGUGGGAAAGGAUAUGAUGACAGACCUGAAAUAUCCCUUGAAAGAGAACACGGUACCUGUAUGGACCGUGCCUUUGUAUGCAGUUUUGUUGCCCGUUGCUGUUUUCCUUUUAGUUUAUAUUAGAAGGAAAGAUGUCUAUGAUCUGCAUCACAGCAUCUUAGGCCUCUUAUUUUCUGUGCUGAUUACUGCUGUCAUCACGGAUGCAAUAAAAAAUGCUGUUGGCAGGCCUCGACCAGACUUCUUUUGGCGUUGCUUUCCUGACGGGAAGGAUCUCUAUGAUAGGUGGGGAAAUGUAAUCUGUCAUGGUAAAGGAAGUGUCGUUAAGGAAGGGCAUAAAAGUUUCCCAAGCGGUCAUACUUCAUGGUCAUUUGCUGGAUUAGGUUUUCUCUCACUCUACUUAUCUGGAAAAAUCAAGGCAUUUGAUCGGAAAGGGCACGUGGCAAAACUAUGCAUUGUUUUUCUUCCUCUACUUGCUGCGUCUCUUGUCGCCAUCUCUCGAGUUGAUGAUUACUGGCAUCAUUGGCAAGAUGUGUUCGCUGGAGGCCUUCUAGGGCUGGUUGUGGCAACAUUCUGCUAUGCACAGUUUUUCCCACCCCCUUACACCGAUGAAGGAUGGGGACCCUAUGCCUAUUUCCAGGCUUUGGAGGAGUCACGUUCCAAUACAAAUGCAGGGCAGUCUAUGAAUGCACUUGAUAUGCAGCCCAUGAAUGCUCAUGUCAUGAGUCAACGAGGCAGGCAAAACGGAGAUGACUUUGCCUCCUUGGACGAAUUGGAAUCCGGAAGGAUGUGAAUGUGCGUGUUUAUCUACUUCUGUCCAUAUUUUGUGUGAGUAGUUUUAUUAUUUUUUUCCUCUUUUUCGGUGGUAAAUAGAACGUAGAAUGAUGAUUUACAAUUUAUUAUUGUAGUUAAAUGAAUGGUAGUGAUAUGUCAAUAAUACCUUGAACGCCAUGGAUGCAAUGAUCUAAAGAUGAAAAGUUUACGAACAAAA